GAUAUUUUUUUUCCCUGUGCGUGGACUAGUGUGACAGAAACGGUUAAUAACUAACACACACACUUAAAAAAAGAGAGAGAAAGAAAGGCAGAAAGAGAGAAAGAAAAAGAACCGGCUCUGUCCUAAACGCCUGUGCUGGAUGUAGUGUGCUGCCUAGGCUGCAAACACCUUUGUUUUAGACUCUAUCUAGGGGCCCUAUAUAGUGUCCGACUAACUCAUUCGUGAUGGAACCACAAAGCUUCGGGAAGUCCGUGGAGUUUAAGGGAAAUUCGGCGAGUUUGCUGUUAAAGGAAGCGCGUGGGGAGAAGCGAGUUUAACACGCUAGGACUGUUAUUGUGUUAGCAGGCUAGCAUUAACCAACUUCAUACAAGGAAAGAUGUUUCCCAGGAGUGGAUAAACGUGUUGUGAAACGAACUGCCUGAGAAUAUCUGAUAUUUUUUUUCCUUUGUUAUAAAUUUCCGAGUCACAAUGCUGUUGAGUUUGGUGUUUGUGAGCCUCGCCUUCUGCUCGGUUGAUUCUUCCACAGUUCCUGCCCCAACCAAUGUCAGCCUGACAUGCCAUAAUUUUACAAAUGUGCUGUACUGGAACUACAGCAAACCCGAACUACAGCCUGAAUUCAACAUAAAAAUCCGUGGUUAUAUGAGUAAGCCCAAGUCCGUGCGCACCACUCAGACCUACCUGGAUAUCAGUGAAUACACGCAGGACUCUGAGGAUGCUUACUACAUAACAGUGGAAGCUCAACUGAGAGGAACAGAACUUAAUGCUUCAUCUGAAGACAUCACCUUCAGCUACAGGAAAGACCUUCCUUCUAUGAUCCCAUGUGUGGUGGACUUCCCAGCGUUAAACAUUUCUGUGUUCCCUCAAGCAAUCAAACUCUCCUUUCUUCAUCCCUUUGACGUCUAUCAAGUAGACUCACUUGAAGAUGCUUUUUCCUACACUGUUUUCGGUGACCUGCAAUCAGAGAAGCUCAAUUAUUGUGAUUCUGGCGAGGGCCCGUGCACAGGAGAGCUCUACCUGGUCGAAAGUCUGAAUGGGAGCUGCAUUAAUAUAUCCAUCAAAGGAGAUGUGAAUGGCAUAUCAACUGAAACGUCCAGAAUCGUGUGUGGUGUAGCUCCUAAUGAAAUGGAUUGGACAGUGAUUUUAACCAUUGUGAUGUGCUCCAUGGUUGGCCUUCUGUUCUUAAUCAUAAUUGGAGUCAAGAUUUUCAAGAAACUGAUUCAGCCUGACUCUCAAAGCACAAUCUUCUCCAAACUCCUGGGAAUGGUGAACUCUGAUCGCAUCAUUAACGAACCCGAGCAGCCUCAUCUGUCCGUGGUGGCGUCUUUAGGUCACACCCCUCUGCUGGAGACCAGCGAUCCGGCUUUUUUAGACACCUUCAGCCCAACGGUGACAGAAGAGUCUCUCUUCCCCACUCACCUUCCCAUUCACAGCAGUACUGAUGGAAAGGUAUUGGAUGAGGAAGACACUGGAGAGAUGGAGGACUCUGAUUCUGGAGGCUUUAACAGCGGUAACAGCUUCUCAGGCUAUGACAGCCAAAAGUUCCCUGUUGAUAUGGGACAAGGAGACAUGGUAGAUGCCUAUGGGCCACGUCAGCAUUAAAGUGCACCACCUUGGGCCUUCAGCUAAAAAUUAGAAAACAAGCUCGUUUCGAAUUGAAAUGUUUAGGAAGCAGCUUUACCUGAGAAUAACCAACAAUACAGUCAUAUAUUGGACAUUUCACAGAUCUGCAAACCUUUUUUAGACAGUUACCUUUUGUGUCUCUCUUUACUUUGGUGUACACUGCGUCAGUUAUUUCUCAAAAAUACAGCAGUCCCCCCACCCCAAUAAAAACUUCAACUGAUACGAUUGAAAUACAGACAUAUGUGUUUUUGAAUGCUCUCUUAUUAAGCGCCACCCACUUUCUCGCCAUCUCAUAUUAGUCAUGUUUCAGCCAAUGACUUGACUUUCUUUGCUUGAAAGUUUCAGGAAAUGCUGUAUAAUAGACAUUUCAUUGAAUUGGGAAAAUUGGGAGCUUCUUGCCACCAUUCAGUUCCAGCUAGUGAGCUUGGCUUCGCCGUGACCUUAAUGUUUCAACAGCAAAUGCUGUUAUGGUGCGUUCAGACCGGAAGCAGCGACGGCGUCUCAAAGCGACCGGAAGACUUUCGUUUUCCAUGUGAGCCAGCCAGUGUUGUCGUCAAGUCAGAGUCAUUAAUGAAAAUUUCGAGUCGAGUCCAAGACUCCAGCCUCACCAUUUGACGGUAGCUGUUUCAGUGCCAUUAACGUUAGUUUGUUCCUGAACAGGUGAAUGUGCUUCUCUUUGUCAGGCAGUGUGAAGUAUUCUGUCAGAUAGUUGGGAGACAGAUGUAAGGGCAGAAGGUGUGUUUAUUAAUGCAAGUGAAGACGGUAAACAAUCCAGAACGGCAGGCAAAAUCAUAAAACAAUGGAACGGGCUAUCGUAGACUCGGCAGAAUCAAAGACGAGAAACGGGAAAUCAGGGAUCAGGAAACCAAACAAGGAAAUGAGGUUUGGUAAUGUGUCAGCAAUGCAACUCAAUACUUCGCAAAGCAAGUGUGUUUUUAUAUCGGCAUGCUGAUUGCACCUUAAUCCUGUGCAGUGAGUCAUUUACUGUGCAUGCGCGAGAGUCCGCUUGGUGCGCGUGCUGUCUGGAGCGCACCUGAGAGUCUAUCUGGUGCACAAGCCAAGGUGCGCAGGUGUGACACUCUCUUACACGAAAUUAGUACAAAAUUAACGUAGAUAGAUAGAUAUAAAUAUCUUUUGCCAAAUUAUUAUGGCAUGUGACAAAAAAAUAAAGAAAAAAAAUCAAAGUCCUCGUCUCCAAUUUGAGUUGGAAUGCAGUUAAUGCACGAGUCAGACUCGAGUACUACAAGCCUGGAGCCAGCGUCUCCCUCAUUAGCAAGUAGCAGCACGAACUUUGGCGGUGAGGGUGUCCGAAUAAAGCUGAAGUCCAGGCAACUUUAUAAUGAUGAGCAAUGAUAUGGUUCGUCAAGAACACGGUCGUGUAAAUUUUGGUUCUGUUCAAACCAAAGCGUGGACGAAGGUGCCUGAAACUCUAGUUGGUGAAAUUCGGAGGGAAUUACGUGCUAACUAGCAGCAUAGCAUUUAAAACAGUUUUGCUUGACCAUUUGAUGCGAAUCAGUCAAGAACAUUAACAUUAGUGUUUGUCUUAACAAUUCAAUACACAACUAGAACAAACUUCAUACGGCUAUUAACUUGCAUGUGACUUCAGUCCGAUGCUGUCAAACAGGAGUUAUGAGGCGAGGUGUUUGUUGGAUAUGUUAAAAUGAGAACAGUGACUUCUGACAAUAUAUUCUCCCCUCCCAAAGAUACUGGUUUGCUUUGCAGCACUUUUAAAUAAAGUUUACAAGCCUAAGCAUUCCACACAACCUUGUACUCGCCCGUUUCAUCUCCAUCACAGGACUUCCCCGAACUUCAGCAGCGUCGUGAGCGGGGCAGUCCGAGUCUGAACGCACCAUUACACACCGUGCUGGAAAAGGGUUUAAAAUCAAGGAGAAAUGCAAAAACGUUCAGGUGAACAGUUUCACCUGCUGUUGUGGAAUUGUAAAUUUCGAUUAUGCUUCACGAUGUGAACAGAACCUUCUGAUUGUUGUGUUGUGAAAAUGAAGCAUGGGGUGAUUUGAGAUUACGGGUUGAGGUUCUGUUCAAAUGAAGCUGGUUUUGUUUGUUUGUUUGUUUGUUUGUUUGUUUGUUUGUUUUCCUCCCCCCUUUUGGGAAGAAACGCAUGUGACUGUUACUAGGACGAAUCUGAGAUCUGAAAAAGCUGUUAAGUUUUUUAACAUGCAGUGAGAGUAAAAAGUAUUUGAUCCCUUGCUGAUUUUGUUGGUUUGC